UCAAGAGAAGUAAAUAAUUAGUUAUUUUAUAUACUUACACAUAAAUGUCUAUAACUUUAUUAUUAUCUACAAAUUGGAAAGUAAUGCUAAAACAGAUUAAGUAGAUGUGCCUAAAAAUGUGACAGGAAGUGUGCCCUAAAGUAAUGGUUUACCAACAUUUUUAAAUGGCUGUUAAUUUACUUACCUUCAGGCUAUUAAGAUGUAGAUAACUAUUUAAAUUCAGUACAGCAUUAAAGAAGAAUUAUAGCUAAAACCAACAUCCUUGAUGACUCAUAAAAUGCUAGUCAGCAGUUACUGACACAAGUGAAAAAUGAAAAUUACAAGCAAAGCUAAAUUAAUACCCUUAGCUUUAAACGAUACAUUGAGAACUUCUGAAGCAAAACAAUGAGCCUGUGCGUGGAACUGGACAUUAUUUGCCUCUGGCUAUUGACCAUCAAAAUGAUUCUUGUGGUUCUCUUUGCAGCCUUGAAACUGCUGUAUAUUAGCAAUAUAAUUUAUGCUUUAUUUCAUUAUGGAAGAGUUUUUAGAGGUUCCUAAUGUUUGAUAUGCUUCAUUAUGUGACAGGAAACGGGCAUUUGCUGAGGCUGUAGAUUAAAUGCAAUAAUGCAAGAAGUUUUUUUUUUCUUUUUGACCUCACUGAUCAUUACAUUUAAGUCUUAUAUCUAUUGUCUGGUUUUGUCUAAUUAUUUUGUUUACGAGGACCAAUUUCUAAAAUAUUGGAUGAACAUCUGAAAAAAAAAAUCCUCCAUCUUGGAUGACCCGAUGCUAUUGUCCUAAAGCUGUUUAUUCAGGCAGCAGAGGGAGGAGUGUGUGUGGCUGCAUGAAGGGAGGAGUCGCGCACCUGUGAAUCUACACCUGCUUGCCAGAGAGAAGGACAGGACAGCCAAACCGGGGAAGAGGCAGGAGACCAGAGAUACACCGAAACUAAUUCAGAUCCAAAGAAUAAAGAGGGUCCUACAGGCCGAUGACCUCACCUGCUGGCAUCAACCAGAUUGAGAACUGAACUGAAGGAUAGUGAACCCUCAAAGGCAGAUAACAAACAACUGUCACAACGGACGUACCUUUACCUGUACAGAAACUGCCAUUAACACAAUGGCGACCGCAGAACCUGCCCCAGCCUGGUGGAAACUGACCUUCCUGCGAAAAAAGAAAUCGGAGCCAAAAGUGCUGUAUGAAAUCGCAGGAGACCACAGCAGCAAUGGCGGAGAGGCAUCUGGGACCACUGAUGCUGCAACAGACAGCCAGUUUAAUGCCCGCUUGGAGCGCAUUGUGGACAAAACAGCAACAAAGGGGCGACAUGUGAAAGUCUCGCAUUCAGGUCGCUUUAAAGAGAAGAAACGAAUCCGCUCUACUCUAGCAGAAAACCCUGAGCUUUUCCCUGAGGCCGAAACGACAGCUAAUGAGAACAAUAAAAGUGGAAAAUAGAGUCGCUGUGUAAACACACUAGCAUGUGUGUGUAAAGCAGCUCAAGAGGGCCAGCACUCUUCCAAUUGACGUCCUCUGCCGUUUACAAUCGCCUGAAGCUCUGAGCCUGAAGCAAGAGCAGGAUCGCUGAAUUAAUGACUGAUCUAUACUGAUGUUUGGUAACAAAGACAUGCACAAACCCAAAGAUCAGGUUUCUUCACAGAUACACACAGCACCACUGCAUUGUGGUCGACCCUUGAAAGGCUGACAUUUAGCAAAUGUUUAGCAAAGAGAAGGAAUCAAACCAAUCAUAUAGCAGCACAAGAUGUCAGUAAUGAUAGUGGUUAUUCUUUGAUUAUUUCUUAUAUAUUAUAUGGUGAAUCAGUUGCAGCUAGAGCACUUGUGAUUCAACAUAUUAAAAAAUUAUUACAAGCAUUGUGCUACAAUGUUAAAAGGUUUUUUAGUAAUGUCUAUUCCAAAUUUAUACUGUAAUUAUAUUAAACAUAGAUUGCUGGUAUCUUUGAAAAACUAAAUAAAAACAAAGUGUCAUCAUUGCUUGAAUAGACCAAAAUAUAUAUUCUGAAUAAUAACUCUCUUGCUAUAAUACACAAUUUUAGCCUCUUGUGUUGCUGUGUCGGGUUUCAUUUAGAUUUUUAAUCUUGGUUGCUAUUUAUUGUACAGAGAUUUUAUAAAAUGUAAUCUGAAAAUGGAGGGGGUUUAUAAUUGCUUUUUGUUUAAUAAAAUGGUCAAACAUUUGCACAAUGUCUAAUUUAAUAGUUUGCUUAGCUGUGAUUAAACACUUAGUUUUGUACAAAUGUAUGCAUUGUUUCAAAUAUACCUCUGUAGAAAAUAAAUUAUUGCUUUCAAGAUGUG